UGGGGGUCAGGAACGGCUCAGGCAGCUCUUGGUCCUUUGGCGUGUGAGGAGUCUGGGCUAGUGCUGGAGGAAGUUCAUCAUUUCCCUCGUCCUUGCGCUGGUGGGGCCACGGGCUCAGGAAGGGCCAAGCCCUAACGUGGGUUUUGCUCCUGUCUGGCCGGUGCAGUCACUGGGGCUGAGGACAGAGCCUGGGAGGCCCCAGGGAAGAACCUGUGGGAGGAGGAGAAGAGGGUGGAGGGGGAUUUCCAAGUGAAAAUUUCCUGCCCUCCGCACAACCUCAGCCUCACGCGUGGGGACGUGAGAGGUUGUUUUAGCGAAGCAUGGAGGGGAACGUGCUGUCCUGGGUGAGGGAAGGACGGGGGGUCACUUGUCCCACCCCUCUGUACCCAGAGCUGCACGAGGUCUGGGUGACUGGGGUGAUGCUGCGUGGGGGAUGUGGGGUGCGUGGGGCUUUUCCAGGGAGGAGGGCCUGGCAGUCUGCCCUUGGCUGCAUCCCUUCCUGAUGGCUGAUAAAGGGGAAGGGAAGGGAAUCGCCCUCCCUGGGUGUGCCCAAGCCCGGCUCAGCCCCUCACGCACCGGGAUGGUGACGGCAGCUCAUGGAGGACGGCCACCGAUGGCAGAGAUGGGGGUCAGGAUCUUUUCUGCUUGCUUGCCCCCCCUCCCCUGCACUGCUGGCUCCUCCAUGACUCACAUCCUUCACUGCCACAGCCGCUCUCACCCCCUGCCUGGUGGGGUGGCCACCAGCUGCAGCUGGGGUUGCCCCCCAACACAACCCUCGUGGGGCUGGGGCUACACUGGCUGCCUCCCCGCUGCCCCCCCAUUUUUCCUGGCUGCACCCAGCUCUCCGGAGGUCAGUGAUGUGAAGGUGGCCGGGGCGGGCCCCACAGCUACGGGGUGUCCCUUGGGGGAUCGGGGACACUGCGGCGCCCACAGUCCCUGCGUCAGCACCGCCACGAGCUUCAAAACCCAGCGCCGAGGCGGCUGGGGAGGAAGUGGGAGCUGAGCCCAGCACCAUGUCAGAGCUGGAGCAGCUGCAGCAGCGUGACAUCCCAGCAGGCCGGCAGGUCCUGCGCGACCACCACUGCAACCUCCACAGGGUCGCCGACUACUGCGAAAGCAACUACUUGCAGGCGAGUGACAAGCGGAAGGCGCUGGAGGAGACGAUGGCGCUGAGCACGCAGUCCCUGGCCAGUGUGACCUACCAGGUCAGCAGCCUGGCCACCGCCUUCCUGCGGUUGCUGGACCUGCAGGCGGCCGAGCUGCGGAAGGUGGAGGCUGACGUCAGCUGCGUGGCCCAGAGGGUUGACAUGCACAAGGAGAAGGUGUCUCGCCGGGAGAUUGGCUCGUUAACUGUCAGCAGGAGGUUCCCGUCCUACCAGAAGAUUAUGCCCCCCCCCAGCCCACCCUGCCUGGAGCCCUACUACAGGAAACCCCUCAACUUCAGCAUCCUGGAUGACAUUGGCCAUGGCAUAAAGGACCACAGCACCCAGCUGUCCCGCACGGGCACCCUGGCUCGGAAGGGGAUCAAGUCGACAGCGCAAGCUGUGGGCACCCUGGGGAGAAGCACCCGCGUCCCUGAGCCCAUCCAGCCACCCGUGGUUCCCCAGGGCAAACUCUCAGCAGCCUCCUCCACUUCCUCGCUGAUAACCGUCGGCUCGAGCGGAGCCCCGGCAGCCCCCUGUGAAGGCAUCCCUGUCCCACCACCGCUCCCCUCCCUGCUGGGGCCAUCCCCACCGGCUGCGGCUGCCAUCCUGCCGCCCCCACCUCUCCCUGGGGACCUGCCACCACCAGGAGACAUGGACAUGCCCCCACCAGACCUCAUGCCCCCAGCCCCCGAUGAUCUCGAGACGCUGCCACCACCAGCUUUGCCUGCCUUUGAGGAUUUGGCCCCCCUGCCACCACUUGCUGCAGAGGACCCCCCUUGGGUUCCGGAGAACUACCUGGAGAAAGUGGUGGCCCUCUACCCCUAUGCACAGCAGAAGGACAACGAGCUCUCCUUCCAGCCUGGCGCCCUCCUCUUUGUCACACGACGCUACUCGGAUGGCUGGUGCGAGGGCGUCAUGGGUGAGGAAGUGGGUUUCUUCCCCGGCAAUUACGUGGAGCCCAUCUGAGCACCAAGGGCAGGCAGGCCCCUGCACAGCCCCCCCCCCCCCCUCCUGGAUCGGCUGCAUCCUGCUCCUGCUCGCAGGGCUGCGCUUCGCCUAUCAAUUCUGGCUUUGCACAGCUCAGCCCUUGCAUGGGCAGCCAGACCGGGUGCCACUGCUGGCACUGCUGCACCCUGACAGCUACCAGCACCCAGAACAUCUCCUGCCUGGCCCCUCUCCCAUCUUCUUUUUUCAUGACAGCAGCACUGGCUCCUGCUGGUGCUGGGAUGGUUUAGCACUGCAGUGCUCUCAGCUGAUGGAAACGCAGCGGGCGGCACGUUGGUCCUGUGGAUGGAUCCUGGUGAUGCUCCUGGCCCCACAGGACCAAAGCAGAGAAAUGGGGGACAGGGCCAAAUGCCCACAGGGACGCAGAGGAGAGCAGCACCCAGCUGUGGACCCAGGGAAGCUGCAUGCUGUCCCCACCAGCUUGAGACACAGAUGGGGAUGAGCCAGGGCCCGAUUCUCCAGCAAAGGGGUCCCCACGGGGGCCCCUGCAGAGCAUCGCUUGUAGCCCAGCCCCACUCCGCUGCCCCCACUCCAACGCAAUCCCACCACCUUCACCAGCCCAAGGAAGAGAAACAACAUGUAUGUGCAACUCGGAGAGCUGUUUCAUGUCCAGGUUUAUGUCCUGGAUACAUCUUGUGUAUCUGCAAUAUAUAUAUAUAUCUAUAUA